AAGCUCUUCAGUCUCUGUGAGCAAAACACCUUUUCACGGCUGAAACUCUCACACCCCAGAGAAAGAGAAAAAGGAAGAUAGAUACGCAUAGAGAAAGAGAAACAGAAAAUGCAAUCUUCUUACUGUGUGAAGGAGGCAAAACCAUGCGUGAGAUGGGUUGAGAAAUAUUUCAAAGAUUGCCUUUGCAAUCUGAAAGAUGACAUAUCCUUCGGUUUCGGGCUCACGAGUCUAGUAUUCUGGGGAGUAGCUGAAAUUCCUCAGAUAAUCACUAUUUUUCAUACCAAGAAAAGCCAUGGAGUCUCCAUCAUCUUUCUCCUCACUUGGGUCGCUGGGGAUAUAUGCAAUUUGACGGGUUGCAUUCUUGAACCAGCUACUUUGCCAACACAGUAUUACACAGCUCUGCUUUACACAAUCACAACGAUCGUAUUACUACUGCAAAUAGUAUAUUAUGAUUACAUCUGCAGAUGGUACAAACAUCGUCAGAAGGUCAUCAACAACCAAAGGGAUCCUGAAGAAGAGAAAAAACCAUUGAAGCCACCAAAACCAAGUAACAAGUCUGCAAUUCCAAUACCAAAUGGCACACCCAAAGCAUCACCUAGACCGGAGUACUAUUAUAUGUCAGCAAGAUCAUUGGCAGGGAGUGGUACACCACCGUGGGGAACCUACUUAAGAGCUGCUAAAAGUGGCCCUUCAGCCAUGGCUUUGAUAGACGACUCUUCUUCCGAGGAUGAAUCAUCUCCAAUUCCCUCUAAUUAUUCUCCAACCCAAGCUAUGCCUAUCCCACGUCCUAUAGCUGGGAGUUAUGGAACAUUUCUAGCAGCUGCUGUUAAUUUGCCUCUCAGGGGUAAUGCUUUGAGAGAAGGGUACCUAGGAAGAAAGCUUUUGCAGGAGUACGAGACACAUAGUGCAUUUGGUCAAUGGUUGGGAUGGCUCAUGGCUGCUAUUUAUAUAAGUGGUCGGGUUCCUCAAAUAUGGUUGAAUAUUAAAAGAGGCAGUGUGGAGGGCUUAAAUCCCUUCAUGUUCUUAUUUGCAUUGAUGGCUAAUGUCACUUACGUGGGAAGUAUUCUUGUAAGAACUACAAAAUGGGAAAGCAUCAAAGCUAACAUGCCAUGGUUAUUGGAUGCCGUAUUUUGCGUGGCAUUGGACUUUUUCAUAAUAUUGCAGUUCAUCUUUUAUAGAUACUUCCAAAGGAGACAAGCAAAUGAUGAUUACGAAGAAGCGGGAAAAGCUGCUGCAUCUUGAAUUUUUGUAGCUGUGAUGUAAACGAUUGAUGUUGAAUUAAUGGUCACAUUCCCAAAAUUGAGCUAGUAUUUGCGCUUAGUGUACACUCUUCAAGAGGAGGAUGUAUGCUAUGUUAUAUAUAUGGAUUAUGGGAAAUUAGUAUAGGACGUGGAUGUUUAGUUGUUGGAGACAUGAUAGCGGCUACUCUGAAUUUGUUGUCUUAAUCCAAUAACUGACAAAAUUGUGGGAGGCUAUGACUUCCUCUGUAGUUUAGCUAAUGCAUUAUGAAAUAUAUUGGAUAAUUCAACUAAGCCAUGAAUUUUUUAUUUUA